AAACCAUCUCUUCCAACCGCUCCUCAUAAAACCGCAUUCUCCUCUUCUCUCCCAACACCACACAAACCUUUUCUCUCUGCUUCUGCGUCAUACCCGCGUUCUUCAUCUUCCUCCACCAUUUACAGUACUUUAUUUAUUCUGUUUUUGCAACCCUUUUUCAUUUCGGGCUUGUUCCCCUAAUCGGGUUGUCGAACUCAAACACGAAUCCAAGCGCACCCUUUUUCCUCUCCCUCCCUCACCCGCAUGCAACCAUGAAGAUUUUCAACCCAUCCAAAUCUUUUCUCCAGAACGUGGUGUGUCCAUUCGACACCCUCUUCAUUAUAAGGAUGAAGCCCUUCGAUCUGGGUCUCUCCCACCUCCACCAAUCCCAAUUCAAAGCCUACAAUUGAAAACCCCCUAGAGAAGGUAGAAACCAAAACCACCAACAGGGUUAGGGAAAAAAAACUGGUUCGGUCAAAAAUCCCCGCCGCCGAGAUGGAUCGCGGAUCCAACGGCACGGGCACGGGUAGUAGCAGCAGCAGGAACAUCCUGUUCAACAAGUACGAGAUAGGGAAGCUGCUGGGGCAGGGGAACUUCGCCAAGGUGUACCACGGGAGAAACCUGAACACAAACGACAGCGUGGCCAUCAAGGUCAUAAAAAAGGAGAGGCUUCAGAAGGAUAAGCUGGUGAAACAGAUAAAGCGCGAGGUCUCCGUCAUGCGAUUGGUGCGUCACCCCCACAUCGUGGAGCUCAAAGAGGUCAUGGCCAACAAAGCCAAGAUCUUCUUGGUCGUCGAAUACGUCAAGGGAGGAGAACUCUUCGCCAAGGUGGCCAAGGGAAAGAUGAAGGAAGAAAUCGCCCGAAAGUACUUUCAACAGCUCAUCAGCGCCGUCGACUUCUGCCACAGUCGUGGCGUCACCCACCGUGAUUUGAAGCCGGAGAAUCUGCUCCUCGACGAGAACGAAGACCUGAAAGUCUCGGACUUCGGCCUGUCCGCGCUGCCUGACCAGCGCAGAUCUGACGGGAUGCUCGUGACGCCGUGCGGCACGCCGGCCUACGUGGCGCCGGAGGUUCUGAAAAAGAAGGGCUACGAUGGGUCGAAGGCUGAUAUAUGGUCGUGCGGGGUGAUCCUCUUCGCGCUUCUUUCUGGGUAUUUACCCUUUCAGGGUGAGAAUGUUAUGAGGAUUUAUAGCAAGUCUUUCAAAGCUGAUUAUGCAUUCCCGGAGUGGAUUUCGCCUGGGGCCAGACGCAUGAUCUCUAGUUUGCUGGUUGUGGACCCGGAGAAGAGGUAUUCCAUUCCUGACAUCAUGAAGGAUCCUUGGUUCCAAGUUGGGUUCAUGCGCCCCAUUGCGUUUUCCAUGAAGGAGACGGCUCUGGAGGAUAACAUCGACUUCAACGGGGACGAUGCCGGUGGCAGCGGUGGCAGCGGAAACGUCAGUGGCAGCGAAGACGGUAACAGCAACGGGGAACUGGUCGGGGCGAAGCCGGCUCGUCCGUCUUACAAUGCCUUCGAGAUAAUAUCGUCGUUGUCGAACGGGUUUGAUCUGAGUAAUCUGUUCGAGACAAGGAAGCGGUCGCCGUCGAUGUUCAUAUCGAAGCACUCGGCGUCGACGGUGAUGGCGAAACUGGAGGCCUUGGCGAAAAAGCUGAACUUUAGGGUGACCGGGAAGAAGCAGUUCACGGUGAGAAUGCAGGGGGCGACGGAGGGGAGAAAGGGGAAGCUGGGGAUGACAGUGGAGGUGUUCGAGGUGGCGCCGGAGGUGGCGGUGGUGGAGUUUUCGAAGUCUGCCGGAGACACGCUUGAGUACAUAAAGCUGUGUGAGGAAGAAGUGAGGCCUUCGCUGAAAGACAUUGUGUGGAGUUGGCAAGGGGACUGCGAUUCCCGGCAGUGACUCCCAACGGAAUUACUUUCCCAAUAUUAUUUAUGAUUAUGUUUGCGAAAGAUGAGAACCGAAAUAGCUAGGUAGUGAAUUAUCUUAGUUGUUUUCGUUACGAGUCCCUUUGGGUUUAGAUUUAUAUGCACAUACUGCAGAACAUAAGUCUCCUUGUUUAUCACCACCCUGUUAUAACAACUCUUUCCGCAACAUUUCUCCAUGCAAACCUUGGCGUCUUUUUUUAACUUUUCUGAGAUACCACACCAUUAAACGUACUGUUUCUAUGUUGUUUUCGACUACCCUGGGAAUGAAAUAUAUAAUCUGAGUGGUAUAA